UCAAUUCUUCCUUUCUUCCCCGCACUCGUUUCUUCCCCAACCCUGCAAAUCUUCUUCCCAACCCUGCAAAUCUUCUUCCCAACCCUCCUUAUCCACACGCACACCUUUCACUAAUUUUUUCCUACUGUCCUCCCUUAAUUCACAUUUUCUUCAUCGUCUCAAGUUUCAGAUAUGAAAUGGAAGGAAUUAAACGAGAAAGAGUAACAAGCACACUCUAAGAAAUGAAAAUUUGAGCGAUUUCAGGAAGAUUUUGGAAAAAAUCUGAUAUUUUCUUCGUACCUGAAGAGUCCUGCCCGUGCCGGUUCCGGCGAACCACAAACACAACCCUAGCUUUUCUCAGUUAUCCUGCAAAAAUCUGGAUUGUCGUGGUUACUUUGAUGUCAAUUCGAAUCAAUCCGUGCUAAUUUUGGUGAAGCAGAUUGAGAAUGACACGGGCGGGGGAAAUUCAUUGGAGCGGUAAAUCGUUCAUCUCUUCGGUUUUAAUUGAAAUGUUCGAAUGGAAUUGAUGCGUUUUGGUCCAAAUAAUUGAUCCGAGUGUUUUUGUUCGAAUGAGUUUUGCUGUUCUUCCUAAGCACGUAGCCGCGGUGAUAAAAUGGCAGAAGGAUCCGUUGAAGGCGAUGGAUAUGUUCAAUUCUGUGAAGAAGGAAGAAGGGUACAAGCACACAGUGUUGACAUACAACUGCUUGAUUGAGAAGCUAGGUUUUAAUGGCGAAUUCGAGGCCAUGGAGAAGAUAGUGGCUGAGAUGAGGGAAAAUUUGGACAACAAUUUGAUGGAAGGGGUGUAUGUGAGUGUGAUGAGGAAUUAUGGAAAGAAGAAGAAAAUUCAGGAGGCUGUGGAUGUGUUUGAGAGGAUGGAUUUCUACAAUUGCGAGCCGACGGUGAUUUCUUACAAUGUGAUCAUGAAUAUCCUUGUCGAAAACGGCUAUUUCGAUCAGGCUCACAAGGUAUACAUGAGGUUAAAGGAUAAGGGGAUUGCGCCGGAUGUACAUACAUAUACAAUUAGGAUAAAAUCGUUUUGUAGGACAGGUAGGCCGUGUGCUGCGCUGAGGCUUUUGAACAACAUGCCAUUUCAGGGUUGCGAGUUUAAUUCGGUGGCAUAUUGUACGGUGAUUAGUGGAUUUUAUGAGGGGGACUGUGGAGGGGAGGCGCUGGGGUUGUUUAACAGGAUGUUGAGUCUUUGUAUCGUUCCUAAAGUUGCUACGUUCAAUAAGUUAAUCCACACGCUUUGUAAGAAGGGGAGGAUUCGAGAAAGUGAAAUGUUGUUGAAUAAGGUUGUUAAGAGAGGUAUCCUCCCGAAUUUGUUUACAUACAACAUAUUUAUACAAGGUCUUUGUAAGAGAGGUCUUCUUGAUGAGGCUGCUCGGGUUGUGGACAAUGUGAGAGGAGAAGGGCUUUCUCCGGAUAUUGUGACAUAUAAUACGUUCAUAAGUGGUUUGUGUAGGUGCUCUAGAGUUGAGCAAGCAGAGGCGUAUAUGCAUAAAAUGGUUAAUAGUGGUUUGGAGGUGGAUGCUUUCACGUAUAAUACGAUCAUUGAUGGUUAUUGCAAGCUUGGUAUGGUGCAAAAGGCGGAUAAAGUUCUGUCUGAUGCUGUGUUUAGAGGGUUUGUGCCGGAUGAGUUUACGUAUAAUUUGUUGUUGUACGGGUUGUGUGAGGAUGAUGAUAUAGAUAGGGCUGUGAGUACGUUUAGGGAGGCCGUUGGGAAAGGUAUAAAGCCGAAUUUGAUUAUGUACAAUACUUUGAUCAAAGGGUUUUGCAAGCGCGGCCUUAUUUUGGAAGCUUUGCAGCUGAUGAAUGAGAUGGAGGGGAGCGGGUGCAGGCCCGACACAUGGACGUAUAACCUGAUUAUAAAUGGAUUCUGCAAGAUGGGCUGCUUGAAUGACGCGACUAUCCUUAUAAACGGUGCCAUCACUAAAGGAUUUCGUCCGGACAUAUUUAGCUUCAACACGUUGAUUGAUGGUUAUUGCAAGCAAUCGAAGAUGGGGGAGGCGCUUGCCAUUGUUGAUAGCAUGUGGGAGCACGGAAUUGGCCCGGAUGUCAUCACAUAUAAUAUCGUGUUGGAUGGACUUUGCAAGGGUUCAAAAUGUGAUGAUGUAUGGGAAAUAUUUGAAGGGAUGGUGGAGAAGGGUUGUAUGCCGAACAUUAUUACUUAUAAUAUACUUAUAGAAAGCUUUUGUAAGGCUUGGAAACCAGCAAGAGCCUUGGAGCUUCUCGAUGAAAUUCAGCGAAACGGCCUGUGUCCGGAUACAGUAACUUUCGCUACUCUGAUUAAUGGAUUUUGCAGUAACAGGGACUUGGAUGGAGCUUAUGAGUUGUUUAGAAGAAUGGAAAAGCAAUAUAAUCUUUCGCCUACAUUAGCAACGUGUAAUAUUCUCAUCAAUGCAUUUUCCGAGUGUUUAAAUAUGGAUUUUGCUGUGAAACUAUUUCAAGAAAUGGGCGAGAGAGGUCUUUUUCCAGAUAACUACACUUACCGUUGUAUGGUCGAUGGUUUUUGCAAGACAGGAAACAUCGAUGCCGGAUAUCAAUUGCUUCUAGAAAAUGUCGCAAAGGGGUUUGUUCCAUCCCUAAAAACAUUCGGGCGCGUUUUAAAUUGCUUGUGUGUGAAGAAUAGAUUGCUUGAGUCGGUUGGAAUUAUACACCUCAUGGUGGACAAGGGGAUUGUUCCUGAUGUUGUGAACACGAUAUUUGAAGUGGAUAAGAAAAAAGUUGCUGCGCCGAAAAUUGUUGUGGAAGACUUGUUGAAGAAGUCCCACAUUACUUAUUAUGCUUAUGAGCUAUUGUACGACGCUAUUAGAGAUAAGAAGCUAUUGAGGAAGAACAGAAGAUACAAAAUCCUGUUUGGCUCGAAAAAUGGCUCAAAAUGAAGUAUUCUUGUUGAAUUGGAGAUCGAAAUACAGGGCUUUGAUAGUGAGGCACUCCUGUUGUACGAUGUUUCGCUUAUGGAUGAAGAAGUUCACUGACAACUUUGCAUCUAAUGGCGUGGGUAUAUUGUUAGUAACUUACGAUAGGUGUUGGAGCUAAUGUUGACCGUGGGACAACAUAUGUUGAUCAAGUAGUGACUGCUAAUGUUGCUAACGAUUGUUUGUCAACAGUUGCCGAACCCUAUCCCAGAGCAGGUCAUAGAUGAAUUUGGCUGGCGCAUAUUACUGGAUAUGUGCUAAAGAACCUUCAAUAAAUGCUGCAUGUGUUGCGCACUCAUCUGCCAAACAUUACACCUCCAUCAUACCGAGGCACAACCAUACGGCAUUUAUAUUAUGUUAGGACUAUGCUAUCUGGACAACAUUUGGUUCUGGAAAAUGGGUCUACGCAAGGAGAGUCAAUACAAGAAUUUUCUGAGCUGGAAGCUCAGAUGCCCCUCCAGAUUUGGGUUACUCAGAAGAACAAUGGCCUCUGGGCGAAGAAGGUAGCUUUGAUGGAAGUCAACUUCUUAUGACUUGUCCUCUUACAUUUUUGUGAAAUGUUCCCCGAGUAACCUUCUUCUUGGACGUGUACUGG